UUUUGUUCAAAUUGAUUGUAACUUUCCAAUUAAUAGAAAACUUUUAAUUGUGGAAAUAAAAAUUGUUUCAAUUUUGUGGAGAGAAAAAAAUUUUCGACUCUAUUAAUCUGAUUGAUCAUCAUGUUUAAAUUAAUUUGUUUCUGUUUAAUUUCAUCUGUGUUAAUUGGUUCAUCAAUUGGUUUACCUCAGCAACAAUUUCAACCUCAACCAACUUCAGGUCAACUUCAGGCUGGACCACAAGUCUCCGGACCAGGACCUCAGGAAGCCGCUGGUGGACCACCUCAACCUCCACAAAUCAGCUGGGGAAAAUGUCCACAAUUGGAACCAAAAGAAAGUGAAAAAAAAGUAAAAGCCGAAAUAAUCAGUAAUUGUCUCAAAUCAAUCACUCUCCCAGAAAACAUUACCCAAGAAUCGGUUGAAAAACACCGAACUGAAGUGGCCCGAUGUGCACUUAACGCCGAAAACUGGUUCACCGCCGAUGGUAAAUAUCGUUACGAAAAAGCUGAAACCGAAAUCAAGAACAAGAAACUUACACCCGAUGUAGAGCCUCAAGUCUUACGACAACAUAACGAAUGUAAAAAAGAGGCCGAGGAACAAUUUGCCGCUGGAAUUGCUCAAAUUCAAUUGUACCAAGCAUGUAUGGACUAUCACAUCUCAAUGAUCUGUGGUAUUCAAAUUGUUGGCGCAUCUCCACCCCAAUAAUUAACUAAUUGUUGCCCAUGUUAACCAUCACAUUCGAGCUUGGAAAACUUUUCGAGAACAAAAAAGUUUUCGUCCUUUUCUUUACCAUAAUUACUUUUGUACUUUUUUUCCUUCCAUUCAAAUGCUCAACUUUCUCAUCUAUUGUCAAGGUUUUCAAUCUUUCUGUCCAACAAUUUACUUCUAAUCUUAGAUAAUUAACUAAUCAACACUCAAGUUGAACAAUUAACAAACUUGUAACUGUAUUUUUACAGUAAUCAAAUGUUUUGUUUGUUUUUUUAAAGAAAAUCAUUGGAACUUUUUUUUUAAUCAUAACAAUUAAAUCAAAAAAAAACUCAAUUCUAAUAAAAGGAAAAGUUUGAUUUGUUAAUUAAA